UCUCUGUGUGUGCAACGAGGAGCUGUGUUUCACGACCCCGGCCGAAAAGGGACUCAUCCUGCAGGCAGUGAAACAGCACGGCCCUCUCUCCCGCAGGGCCCGCCCGCAGGGGCGGGAGGAAUGACCUGCGUUAUCAGAAGGGAGCCUCUGCCGCGGCUGGACACGCCAGGAGGGAAGUGGGAGCCGCACUCUGCCGGCGACAACGCGGCGGGCGGGCGCACCAGGAGCAGGAGCAGCGUUGGGACGCAGAGCAAGGCUCCGACCCCAGGCACCCAGCUGCUGCUGCUGCGGAGCAGGGCAGGUCUGCAGAGCCCCAGGGGCCCCAGCACUCGGGAGGGCUGCCCUGUUCCUGUGCCGGUCGGUUCCUGCGCCAUCGUUACUGACUCCCGCCAACCCACGCCCGCCGCCCAGUGGGGUGCUUGCUCUCCCGUCUCCCCUGCAAGCCCAGCGCACUCCGGAGCCGCCAGCCCGUGCCGCCGGGCCCGCGCGUCUGUGACACGAGGGGCACUGACCAUGUCUCCGGGCUGCCUUCAUCAGAGACUCAGAGACACUAGAAGCAGGUGUUGCGAAUUCUGCCCAGAGUCACACGAAACACCCUCCUGCCCGUGGACAGGAGUCGGGCGUGGUUUCUGGACAGGAAGGGUGUCCUCCCCCCUCUGGGAAGGACCACUACAUGGCCCCAAGGAAGGCAUUCGACGUGUACCAGCUGACCUGAGACAGGCGAGCCUGCCUCCUGGUCAGUGUCCCUGGGCACCUGACGCACGGCUGGACACGCCUCCUGGCGCUGGGGAAUCGGACUGCAGGGGAAUCCCCGGACGCCCCACCAUAAAGGGGAGAGGCGACGCCGUGGGGUUUUAUGGCUGUCGCUCAGAGACAGUGACAUCAGCUCUGAACGUCGAGAGAAAGAGAAAGCGGACACAGCCAGCCGGGAGGGUGUGCGUGUGCGGGCAAGGGGGGGCGGGGAGCGAGAGUUCUCGGGGGAACGCCCAGCGGGGACAGGGCGCUGCUCCGGAACGCGGGACAGCGGGUGCCUCUCGCCGCCCUCUCACCGCCGUCCACCCUGGCCAUGGGCUGGGUGUGGCAACUUUUCAGUCCUUCCAGAACCUCAUAAAGGUGAGUAGGAUUGCAUCACGCCGAAGGCAGAGAGACCAGCCCAAAGCCCUCGGGCUGAAGAAGCAGGUUUCGAACCUGGGCCGACGAGGCCACCAUGGGCCCACGGAGGUCACGAGGCCUUAACCACCAGGUCAGAGAGAAGCAUCGCAGAAAACCCCGGCCAGCAGGUCCCCAGGGCCCUGAGGCGAGGACCACAGUGCCUGCAGCGGCCGAGGGCAGCCCCGGAAGGCGGACAGGGUGCACCAGGAGGAGGGGAGGGGCGCGUUGAACCCCUCUCCUGGCCAAGAGUGAGGGCGGGGAGAAGCCUGCCGGCGCCCGGCAGGACAGAGGGGCAGGAGGAGACGACCACUGCUCUGUGGUCAUCCACGGUGCACGUGCUGCACCCCGCCAGUGGGCCCGGGGGGCGGGUGGGGGCGAGCAGGACCGAGGAGGAGGAUGAAGGGAGGAGCCAGGUCCCAGGGGGUGGGAGGAGAGGUCAGCACAGCAGACCUCCAGGGCCACGCAGAAAGGGUCAGCUGGCGUGAGUUAUCAGCGUCGCCUGCCCCCGCCGGGAACCGUGAGCACAGCACCGAACAGGCCGCUUGGACGGUCCUCGCGUCCGCACGGCACUGGGACACCAGCCCCAAGGAGGCACGGACAGGCGGGUCCCCGACAAGCGCUUAGCGAACAAAGAGUGGCCCUGAGAAACAGGUAUUGUCGCCCCACUCUGAAGACGGGCAGAUGACUCACAGAGGACAAGUGAGUUAAUGAGGAGAGCCAGACACAUAACAAGGGCGCGAUCAGAAACACUUACCAACCAGCGCUGCCCCAGCACGCCAAGAGAUGCCGGCUCACCCUGCGGGCGCUGGGUGCCACUCCAGCCUCCUAGCUGCGGGACCCCGGGGGCCCACGGGAGGGACCAGGGCACCAGGACACGGGGAGCUGUGGGGGAGGGGAGGACUCGGGCGCAGACUGGCUGUCAGCCCCGGUAGUCCGCGGUGCGCCCCAGACUCCAACAUCUUCCUACACGCAGUGGGAACCCCAGCAUCUGCUGGGAACGGGGAGUGGGCCGUCGCUGAGGGUCCCGCAGAGCAGAAGAGACGCUCCAACACCUGCCCUGGGGAGUGGAAUUGGAGAUGCAUUCAAGGCUCAUAGCUGAGCUCAAUCUGCUGCCAGCCAAUCAAAUUUUUAAAAAAUGCUCCAACUCCAGCAGGAUAGAGGGAAAUGAGGAGUAAGAGAAAUAUAAAUGGACAGCAAAACUAGAGAAUGCCUGUGUUUGAUCCCAGACGAAUGACUGGAAUGUGUUUCACUACGAAAGGAAGAGCCAGCCCAGGCUCUGAGCAAGAAAGGGCUCAGGGAGAGCUGUCCUUCGGGAGGGAGAGCAGGUGCGGGACCGAGGGAGACGGGGCGGGGCCUGGGGCCAGGUGGGAGGGGCCAGUGAGAGCAGUUCCCGCCCCCUCCAGUUACCAGCAGUUGACCUGGGCCCAAAGGCAUCACAUGACCUGGAAGCCCCCCUCACUGCACCCCAGCACGGGCAGGGCGCCCCCCGCCCGCAGAAAGAGGCCACGCCCACGCCGCUGUCCGGCAGCGCACUGCUCCCACCGUGCUGUCCCGUCACUGCCGCUGCCCAUCUCCCUGCCUGACUUGCUGACCGGGUGAAAGUGCGUGGGCACGGCACCGAGGUCAGCGCAGACAGGGCUCCGCGGGGGGAGGGGCGCUCUGCCUGGGAGGGCACGUCCCGGGCCGGCUCGCCCAGCUUGCCCAGCACCGGGGCACCCUCGGCCCCGGAGACACCUGCAUUCCGGCGCCCGGCCCACCGUCCCCACCUCUCUGUGGCUGCUGUGGUUUUACUAUAAA